AUGAGUCUCAAGGGGUUCCAAAAAUCCGUUGUGCGGGCGCCACAGACCUUCAAAGCCCGCUUCAAUGUUGGGGAGAACACCAAAGAUGCCGUCUACAUCGAUGCCGAACGGAGGUUUCAGGAGUUAGAGAAGGAGACGAAGAAGCUGCACGAUGAAUCUAAGAAGUACUUCGACGCCAUUAAUGGCAUGCUUAGUCAUCAGAUCCAAUUCUCAGAAGCUAUCAAAGAGCUCUAUAAGCCUAUCUCCGGUCGGGCCUCAGAUCCUGAAUCUGAGAUUCCUCAAGGGAACUUGGAAGGAAUAAAAGCCUGCGACGAAUAUGCGUCUAUCGUGCGCCAACUGCAGACAACCCUAGAACCGGAAUUGGAAUUGAUAAAUUCCCGGGUGGUUCACCCGGCCGAGGAGCUUCUGGAGAUAAUCAAGAUCAUUCGCAAAGUAGCCGUAAAAAGGCAGCAUAAACAGCUGGAUUACGAUCGGCACCGCGCCACACUAAAAAAACUACAAGAUAAGAAGGAUAAGUCACUGAAGGAUGAAAAGGCCUUGUAUAAGGCUGAGAAUGACGUCGAGCAAGCGACUGCGGAUUUCAACUAUUACAACGAUCUUUUGAAAAAGGAGCUCCCUCAGCUUUUCUAUCUCGAAGCAGAACUAAUCAAGCCCCUCUUCCAAUCAUUCUACUACAUGCAACUCAACGUCUUCUACACCCUCCACGAUCAAAUGCAAGGGAUCAAUAUCGGUUACUUCGACCUGACCUCAGAUGUCGAAGAGGCCUUUGAACUAAAACGAGGUGACGUUAAGGAGCGUGCAGAGGAGCUCUCAAUCGUCCACUUCAAGACUACCGGCGGUCGUCGCCCGGGCUCCAAGCUUCUUCCAGGCAGCAUCAGCGGCAAGGAUAAACUCGCUGCGGAACAAAAAACUAUCCCAUCACGCCGCACGACGGAGACCUCGGAGAACAACCCACCGCCACCCUACUCCGCUCACACCGCGUCUACACUUAUCGGCGGGAGCAGUUCGCUGGCUGCAGCGGCAAAGGCAAAGAAACCACCACCUCCACCCAAACCAGCUCGGUUCGGGGGAUCUCCGGCUGUGGAGACUGUGACGGCGUUGUAUGACUAUGAGGCGCAGGCGCAUGGGGACCUGAGCUUCUCUGCUGGUGAGGUGAUUGAGGUGAUAGAGCGGAGUAAUAAUGAAAAUGAGUGGUGGACGGGGAGGGUUAAUGGGAAGACCGGGCAGUUUCCAGAUUAA